UUGCAUCUUAUCAUCUCUCUCUAACUCUCUCUCUCUCUCUCUCUCUCUCUCCUCAAAAGUCAGCGCCUCUCUCUCUCUCUAAACAGAAACAAACACUGUACAAAACAGACACUUUCAGACCUUGUCUCUAACGGUUAUGGAGGUAGAUUGGGAUCUACAUGCUGUAGUCAGAGGCUAUACCAACCUCACCUCCUCCUCUUCCUCCUCCACCACCACCUCAACAACCACCUUAGCCACCUCAUCAACACACUCUUAUAAUAAUAAUAAUAAUAAUAAUAACUUUUUCUCUAUUUAUCCUACAGAACAAACAAGUCAAGUUUUUUCACUUUCAAACCCCUUUGAAACUAAAAGUUCCAUUGAAGAAUUGCAUGAACUUUGCAAACCUUUCUUCUUCAAAUCAUCAUCAUCAUCACAACCUCUCUCUUCUGGUUCUUUCUCUUAUUCAUCACCAUCACCAAAAUCACCUCAUAUACAACCAAAACAGCUUCUGGUUAAUAACAAGCUUCAUCAUCAUGCUGCUUCUGCCAUCACACCAAGAUCCAAAAGAAGGAAGAUUCAGCAUAAGAAGGUUUGUGAAGUGCAAGCUGAGAAGCUCUCAUCAGACAUAUGGGCAUGGAGGAAAUAUGGUCAAAAACCAAUCAAAGGGUCACCAUAUCCAAGGGGAUAUUACAGAUGUAGCAGUUCAAAAGGAUGUUUAGCUAGGAAACAAGUUGAGAGGAACAAAUCAGACCCAUCAAUGUUCAUAGUUACAUACACUGGUGAACACAGUCACCCUGCUCCAACUCACAGAAAUUCUCUUGCUGGUUCAACAAGACAGAAGCCAUUGUCCCCACAAACUGUCACUGCUGAAGACUCUUCCCAACAACCCUUUACAAAACAAGUUUCAUCAUCCACAUCAGAAGCUGAAGAGGAAGAUGUUACAACACUCUUGAGUGUAAAGUCAGAGAGCAAAGAAGAUUUGGAAGAAAUGAUGAAUGAUGAUGAGGAGGAAAAUGAAUUUGAGUUAUCUGAUAUGGUUGUAACAGAUGAUUUCUUUGAAGGUUUAGAUGAAUUGACAGGUUUUGCUGGAAAAACAGUAGCAUCAUCUGGUGGUGACUGUUUUGGUGACCCUUUUGCUGCUAGUAUUGCUCUUCCUGCUUGUGGUGGCCAAUGAUGUUGCCACCUAUAAAGCACCGACAUGAACCUUAUGUCGGACAGGACACUGACACAUUGACAUGUCAAUUUCGAUAAUGCUUUGAGAAAAUAAAAUAAUUGAAUGCUAUGUGUCAGUGUCGUGUCGGAUAUAGAACGUGUCAAAUGCUAAACACAACAAUUUAAAGUGUCGGUGCUAGAUAGACCUCUGCUGAUUUUGGUGGUAGCUGACUCAUUAGUUUCAAGCUUUUCCUUAUAGAGAAUAGGAAAUGGAAUAGAAUCUUUUUGUUUUCUUGUUUUUGUUUUUUUGGUUAGAGGAAUUGGUACAUUAUGGAGGAAUAUUAACUAACAAUGCAAUGUGAAGGGGAAGAAAAGUUCAACCAAAAGUAUAGUGAUAAUGUUAAAUUUUGAUUAGACAUUUAUAUCUUUGUUUAUGUUAGUGAUUGCUAGCCAUACUUUUGGUAAUGUACAAACAAUUCAGUUUUCAACAGCUUUUGUUUUGUCUAUGUAAUCUUUUUCAAGUUAGUUGAAUUGAAAAUGGAUUAUGAGAA